AUGUCCUGGUUCAUCGAAACCGUUGCUGCCGUCUGCCUCGUUUGGUCAAUCUUCGUCGUUAUUGUCCAAGCGGUCGGCAUUAGCGCCAUAUUUCGCUACUUCUCGCGCCCGCCGCAACCUUCUAUCUCGGCUAAGCUGGGCAGCGACGCGCCUCGCGUUACCAUCAUCCGCCCCGUCAAGGGCCUCGAGCCUAACCUCUACGACUGCAUAGCUUCCACGUUCCGUCAAGACUACCCGCCCGAACGCUGCUCGAUCCGCCUCUGUGUCGAAGAUGUCAGCGAUCCAGCGUACCCAAUCCUAGAACAGCUCGUCCGAGAUUUCCCUGGCUUCGAUGUCCGCAUCCUCGUCGAGGUGGAGGACCCCAUCCUCCACGGACCCGAUGGCCACAUUGAAAACUUAGGACCGAACCCCAAGAUUCGAAACAUCAGCAGAGCCUAUCGAGAAGCAAAGGGCGAUAUUAUCUGGAUUAUUGACUGCAACGUCUGGGUGUCUACCGGGGUACUUGGUCGCAUGGUGGAUAGACUAUCGGGCUUUGCGCCGCAGGGCCAGGUGGUGCAGCCGUACAAGUUUGUGCAUCAUAUGCCGCUCGUUAUUGACACGGUGGAUUAUAGCAAAGAUGCGGCCAGCCAAGAAGCUCUCUUGGCGUCCACUGGUCCUGCAAAUGACAUGGGAACGAUGAACAUUGAGGAGGACCUUCGCACCAGAAUAUGGAACCAGGGGGGCGGUCGUCUCGACGAAAUGUUUAUGGCGACCACACACGUCAAGUUCUAUGGAGCCAUCAACUCGGUCGGAAUUGCUCCCUGUAUUGUAGGAAAGAGCAACAUGUUCCGCAAGUCUCAUCUUGAUCAUGUCACGACAGGCGUUCCGUCCCGGCCAACCGGGGUUGACCAUUUUUCUUUCAAUAUUUGUGAAGAUCAUCUGAUUGGCGAUCUUCUAUGGAAGUCGAAUAUUCCAGGCUUUCUCAACCACGGCAUUGUCUGGGGCGAUCUCGUCAUCCAACCGAUGGCUGGCAUGGGCGUCGCUUCGUACGCGGCACGAAGAGUUCGAUGGCUACGCGCCCGCAAGUUCACGGUGCUGGCUGCUACCCUUGUUGAACCGGGUGUCGAAAGUAUUCUCUGCUGUGCAUACUUUGCGUUUGCGCUCACGACUCUGCCCUGGUUCAAUCGUCAUUGGGGCAUUUCCGAAACAUGGACUGCUACAGGUUGCAUCUGGCUUCUCGUCAUGGCUGCAUGGAUGGUGGUAGACUGGCUCACCUUUCAACAUCUCCAUACCGGCAAGUCGAUGAAGACGGAUCAGAAUACACCAAAGUUUGCCAGAGGCACCUUAAAACGAGCCGGAAUGAACAAAAGGUCGUUUCUCGAAUGGCUGCCGACCUGGAUUGGUCGUGAAGUCCUGGCACUCCCUAUUUGGACCACCGCUGUGUUGCUAGGCGCGACAGUCUUCACUCACAACACCGGAGCUGGAAAGGGCACGGCCACGAAGCAAGGACCGCCUUGA